AUGCACACCUUCGGCCUCCACCGUCCGCCCUCCGGUCCGGUCACCGCCGCCAACCCCCUUUGCCUCCAGCUUCUUCAAAACCCGGAGAUAACAACAUCAGGUUUGACAUAUGCAAUCGAUUUCAAGAUUGGAAGCCGAAGCCGAUUUAGGAUGAGUCAACUCGCCCCCAAACACCCAGAAAAAAUCAACUUAAUCCUUCUUCUUCUUCUUCAACUCCCAAACGCACAAAAUCUCCAGGUGUUCGCGUCGUUGGUAACAGAAUCUACGAUUCCAAAAAUGGAAAAACUUUUCACCAGUGUCGACAGAAAACCAUGGACUUUUUGGUGA